AUGAUUCGGUCCCCGGUUAUUUCUCCAACUCGUUCUAAUAAUAUAAAUCCGCAAGUUUCCGGUAAUAGUACUAAUAGUUCAUCUUUAAAUGUUACAUCUAAUAAUUUAAAUAGCAAUGCACAAUUAGAAAUUUGUGCUACUUCAUUGAAAUUACCUCCCUUUUGGGUCGAUCACCCAGAAGCGUGGUUCAUUCAUGUUGAAACUCAAUUUAAUACUAAGGGUAUAACUAGGGAUAAUACAAAAUAUGUAUACCUUAUUGUAUCGCUUCCUCAAGAUGUAAUAGUAUCAGUUAUUGAUGUUAUUCGGAAUCCACCGGAUGAAAAUCGUUAUUUAAACCUUAAAACAAAACUUCUUGAACGUCACUCUCUUAGUGAACAAAGGAAGCUCGAUAAGUUAUUAUCAGAUUCCGAAAUAGGUGAUCGUAAACCUUCGGAAUUUUACAGAUCUUUGAUUCAAUUAGCCGGGAAUAAUAUAAAUUCUGAUUUUGUUAAAAGUUUAUGGUUGCGAAAAUUACCAAGAAAUCUUAAUAUUGCGUUGGUAGGGUCUAAUGUUGUCAAUAUUGAGGAUUUGCUUAAAUUAGCUGAUAAUAUUUGGGAAGUAACAAAUAAGGUAGAAUUGUGUACCCUGGAACCCAAAGAUUCGGUACAAAGUAAUUGCAGGUUAGAUAAAACAGUAGAUAAUUUGGUUAAAAUUACAUCAGCGAUGCUAGAUAAAUUUACCCAACUAUCUAUGGAAAUAGCCGACGUUAAACAAUCUUUUCAAAAUAGUCGUUCAAGGACACCAUUUAGAAAUAGGAGUCGUUCUAGGGGACGUUCAUUGAAUCGUAAAUGGCUUUGUCGUUAUCAUUAUCGGUUCGGUAGCAAAGCUAGAAGAUGUGAACAACCAUGUUCAUAUGAAACAUCACAACAGGAAAACUAA